AUGGCAUUCAUGCAAGCGGGAAUGUCAGCAGAGGCAUUGGCCGCAGCCGCGGAGCUGGAUGUACCCCCUGGCAAGUACCAGGUCAUCAAGGCCGUCAUCAGUGACAUGAUUGAACCGGACUCACUGCCCCCCGGCUGGGAGGCACGAUACGAUGCGGCAAUGGUGCGACGGGAGUAUGUAAACAAAGACACUGGCGAGGUGCAGUACAAGCACCCCUUGUUGUCGUACUAUCGUGGCGCGGCUUUUAUGGAGCUUGGUGGUUCCCAGCAGCUUCAGGGUAAUGAAGAGGAGCAGCCUCCAGCACCUCAGGAGAUUUUGGACAUGUGUGCCUAUUUAGGCAUCAAUCCUAGCCAGGAUGAUCCGUACAUUCUGGAAGUAGCUAGACUGGCCAUCAGUGCGCCGCUACCGGCUCACUGGGUGGAGGCGGAGGACGACGACGGCAACCCCAUGUUCACCAACCAGCAAACCGGUGAGUCGCAGCCCUCCCAUCCUCUGGACCCGUACUUCGUGGAAAUGAUCAAGAGGAGGCGAAGGGAGUUGCUCGUCCGAAGUGACGGUGUGGGUAUUCGGUCCGCCCUGGCCGCCAAACGCCUCCACGAAAUCGGGGUACCGGGAAUCACCGUUCCGCCCGAGCUGCUGGAGGACGUGGCGGGCAGCAGGCGUCAGGAGGAGGAGGAGGAGGAGGAGGCGUCCGGUGCCGGGCGCAACUUCGGACCUCUGGUUACGAUUGAGGAGACGGAGGAGGAGGGCCAUGAUGACGAGGACCAUACACAUAAGCCCGGUAAGCAGCCGCAGCAGCCGCCGCAGCAGCAAAUGCAAAAACCGCUUCAGCUGCAACCUCAAGUCCAGCAGAAGCAGAAGCAGAAGCAGGAGUCGCAACGGAGCUUGAUGUUGGAGGAUUUUGAGGGGGAGGAGGAGGACGGGGACGAAGAGGAGGAGGAGAAGGCGAGGGCGGCGGCGGAGUACGACGAUGAGGAUGCGGCGCUGGCAGCGCUCCGCGCGCAGGCGGCCGAGGCGGCCCGUCGCGCCGCCGCAGCGGUGGCGGAGUUCGACGCCAAGUUUCCUCCGCUGCCCGUACUGCUUAAUGACAGCAGCGGCGGCGGCGGCGACCUGCGUCGAUCUCGGUCGUACACUGAGGUGGAGACGGGGCGGCUGAUGAAACAAAUCUCUGCCAUUGAAGCGGCGCGAAGUGCACUCACAACCGCCGCCGCCUCCGACGUCCCCACCGCCGCCGCUGCAUCGGCAGCGGGCUCCAUUUAUGCCGUCGCCAGGCUGCCAUCGGGGCGUCUGGAUCUCCUUCGAAGCCGCGUGUACGGCAGCUCCGGCGUUGCCAGCGCCGCCGCCGCAGCGGCGGUAGCGGCCGCGGCGGCAGAUUCGGCGCCGCCAUCGCGGAAUCCAGCUCGGGAGCCAUCCCGGGAGCGCAUUCGCGUUGCUGUACGGGCUCGUCCAGUUCCGAAACCUGGGGAACCAGACGCCUGGCUGAUUGAUCCCGUCAGUCGUACUGUACGACUGAAAGAGAACGCCGCCAGCGCUACCCACCGCCACAUCAGCGCCGACCGCGUGUAUUGCUUCGACCUGGUACUGAGCCCAGAUAGCAGUACGAAGCAGUUGUGGGCUAGUCAUGUCGUACCGCUGAUGGACGCCUCCCUUGGCGGAAUCAACACCACGGUGUUUGCGUACGGCCAGACUGGCAGUGGCAAGACGUAUACGAUGUUUGGCAGCGACGGGCGGUUGGAGGAUGGCGCCAUCGCCAUGUCCCUCAGCUACCUGUUCAAGGCGCUCAAGGUGGCGGGGUGGGGGGGGAGCUUAGGGGGGGGUGGGGCUGGCGAUGGAGGUGGCGGCGGCCCGAUUGUGGUGUCUAGGGCGCUCCGUAAGCUCAAGGGAGGCGCGGAGGAGUACACUGUUAAGAUCUCAAUGUUGGAGCUGUACAACGAGCAGCUCCGAGACCUCCUGGCUCCCGGAGGCGGUCCCUUCGACCGCCUAGGCCGGCCCUCAGGCGCGCCGCUGGCGUUACAAGACGACCCGCGGGUCGGUGUACGUGUAAGUGGACUGGACGAGCACGCCGUGGCGGACGUACCGGCGGCCAUGGCACUCGUGGCUCGCGGUGCGAUGUCUCGAUCGGUUGGCAGUACGGCAAUGAAUGAGGUCAGCAGCCGGAGUCAUACGAUUGUACGACUGGCAUUGGAGACACGGGAGGCCACCACCCGUGAGCUCGUGCACACUUCAUUGGUUUCGUUUGUGGAUUUGGCGGGUAGCGAGCGGUUGGCCAAGACUGGCUCCAGCGGUACGCGGUUCGUGGAGGGCACCAACAUCAACAUCUCUCUGCUCAUGUUGGGUACGGUGGUAUCCAAGCUGGCGGAGGGCCGUACGGGGGAGUUCAUUCCGUACAGGAACUCCAAGCUCACGCGCCUGCUCCAGCCCUGCCUGGGGGGUAACUCCAAAACCGCCAUCAUCGCCACCAUUAACCCAUCAGUGGACCACGUGGAGGAGACAUUCAACACACUGGCAUUCGCCACUCGGGCCAUGGACGUCGUCAACCAGGUUUCCGUCAACAGCUACAUCCGUGGUUCCGGAGCCGUCGGCGGGGCGCUCAGCGGCGCCGCGGCGGCGGCGCUUCAGAAGCAAGUUGCCACUCUGAAAGCUGAGCUGGCGGCGCUGAAGAAAGAAGCCGGCGGAGCCGGUGGACUUGGCAGUGGUACGGCACUGCUGCUGGGCCCUGACGGCGGCGGCGCCAACGCAGCGGCGCUGAUGGCUGAGCGGUUGGCACGGUUGGAGAUUGACAAGGCACGGCUGCUGGACAGGCUGGAGGCCCUCACCGGCCGUGCCCAAGGGGACGUGUACGACGAUCUGCCGCCGACGCCGCCGGAUCUUCAUCUGCCGCCGCCGCGGCCGCCGGGUCGCAGCGGCUCCAGCGGCAGCCUCGCCGCCGCCGGCACCACACCCUCCCUGGCGUUGAGGAGCAUUGCGAGGUUGGCGUGUGUGGGGAGGGCUGGCGGCGGCGGCGGUGCUGUUGGCGGGUCGCCGUCCAAAUCGUUGAUUCCCCGGCCUAACGAGCAAAUUCCUCCGGAGGAGGUCGUUGUGGCGGUUAGGGGCAUGCGGGACGAGCGGGAUGAGCUACGCCGCCGCGACUUGAAGCUUCGACGGAACUUAGAGGAAGCCCAUGAGCGGUUAGCCGAGGUGGAGCCGUACAGAGUGCUGGCAGAGCAGGUUAAGGAGGUGGUCGGCAUGUUGGAGAAUAUUCUAGGUCCCUCCCCGGUGGCGGUGGCAGGGGCGGAUCGGGAUCUGGACAGCGACCCCGCCACCGCCGCAUGCAACCAGGCAGCUCGUCUGGCGGAGAACGUGCAAGCGGUGGCGAUGAUGCACAAUGAGCUGUUGGCGUUACAACAGCAGUUGGCGACGUCGGAGGCGGUGGCGGCGGCAGCGGCGCGGCGAGCGGGCAGCGCGGAGACGGCGUUACAGAGGGCGGCGGUGACGGCGGCGGAGGAUUGGAUGGCGACCGGGGACGGCGGUGACGCGAGGCUCAAGAAUAUGGUGGAGCAACUGAACAGUCAACUAACAGCUGUACGACGAGAGCUGGAUGUGACCAAGUCCGAGCUGGCGAAGUGGCGCGGCCUGGCGGCGGAAGCGCCAGAGGUUGGGGAACCCGGCGCAGCGGACGGCGGUGACGGUGACGUUGACGAUGUGUACGGCGACGAUGAUGGCGAGGGGGAGGCCAGCCGCCAACCUGCCAAGCGGCUUGCGAGUGCCGCGUCUCUGAAUGUGGGCAGUUUUGCAAUCCGAAAGGCCCGAGAGGCGAUGGUGCAGGCAUCGAGUUUGGAGGCUCGUUGCAACGCCGCGGAGGCGGAACGAGAUGAACUUCGGGAGCGGCUGCAGGCGUUGGAGGAGGCUGUAGCAGCGGGUGGAGUUGGCGGCCGGGGACUGCUACAGCCACCAGGAGGAGGCAGGGGAGGUGGGUACGGCAGUACGGCGGUACGGCAGUGCUUUCGAAAGGGAGGUUUGAGGUAA